AUGGCGAUAGCCUCUGCCCGUUUGGUCUGGUCUGUUCUGCGUAAGUUGUUGCUGUUCUACAGCGAACGGGAUACGAUGGGAAUCAAUGAGGCCGAUAAGGAGGAAGCAGAAAAGGCGUCAACCGAACCAACGACUGGGGUUACGUCGAGAUAUGCAUCGAUCCACCGCGCAGUUAAGGGGGCUGUAGACAUGCGAGCGCAGUGUUACGCGAAGCGGAUU